AUGAAUGUUCCACAAUUCAAAGUUGCGGACAAGCGUACUGGUCCAAGUUACAUCCCUGAAUUAUCAGAGAUCAUUGGCCUGACCCACGGAGAUAAUAAGGAAAACUUUAUGGAUAUGGUAGAAAAUGGCUCAUCUCUUGAAAAGUGCAAGCUUUGGGCUACUAUUAUCAGAUAUUUACCUGCUUCCUAUUACUUUUCAGAAAACUUUCUGAAAGCCAUAGCCUCGCCGGUAGGCACCACUGAUGAUUUGAGUAAAUUCAACCUUAAGUUAUACCAUAUUUUGCAGUAUACUUAUGAGGGUUGUACAAAAAGACAUGCCGAAUUGAAUAUACCGGAAUCUGACAGAAAAGUAGGUAUCAAUACGUCCAUAGAAAUUCAAACAAGAAUAGGGGGCAAAGACGCUAGAUUGAAUCUUUAUCCUGAUCUCAGCAUUACACUUCUUGAUGAUAAAAAAAUUUGGUUAGAUGAAAUUAAAAGACCGAGCCUUCAGAUAGUUACAGCUUAUUUGGAUUUCCUUUCCUCAGAAUCCCUGAUCACCAAGAAAAGAAAACUAGAUCUUGAUGAUGAGGGGAAUUCAGCAGCUGUUUCUAUUAUCGACCAAAUUGCUACCUAUAUGAUAUUAUGA